AUGAUAAAUAAAAUUCACAAUACUGAUUUCUUCAAUAUUCUUGGAGAUGAAACAAUGGAUGUUUCAGACUCCGAGCAAUUAUCACUAUGUUUGCGAUAUGUUGAUUUUACGAAGGAUCCGAACACUCCAGUAUUGAGAGAAGAUUCUGAUCGCCUUGUCCCCAUAGAUGAUCAACGUUCCGAGAAUCUCAGUAACGUUAUUCUGCAGCGAUGUAAGCAGUUGAAACUGGACAUGAAUAAGUGUGUCGAACAAGGAUACGAUAGAGCCGCAGACAUAGCAGGUCAUUUGAGCGGAAUUCAGAAAAUAAUAAAAAACGAUUCUAUCAUAUUGCAAGGAUUUGCUAAUGUGAGUAAAGCCGAUUGGUUAGACAACUUAGCGCCAUACUUCGACGAUAAGAUAUCAUCAACGGCAGUGAAGGCAGAAUAUAGGUUGUGGUGUGCGAAGAUAUCGUCCAUUGAUCAAUCAACCGAGGUUUUAAAACUGUUGGAGUAUUGCAAUGGAAAUUAUUUCCACGGUAUACUUCUAACUACCUUAGCCACUUUGCCAGUGACAUCAGCUAGCGUAGAAAGAUCAUUUUCCACUAUGAAAAGAAUUAAAACUCUACCGCGAAGUGUUAUAGGCCAUGAAAGAUUGAGUUCAAUCGCUAUAAUCUCUAUUCACUGGGAUAUUGCUGUCGAUCCUGAUCACGUCCUAGACAUUUUAUCGGAAAAAAAUCUAGAAGAUUACUUUUUUGACAGUACAGGUCAAAGUUUUCGAGUUAAUGGUGUUAUGCUCAGGAUUUUCCCACAUUAUAUUUACACAUAUAGAUGA